CACAUCACGUAACAUACACUGCUCGCUUGGUGCCCGCAUCUUGAAAAGGCAUAUUAUUCACACACUUUGCAAGUCAACGGCCCGAGCUGCAGAUCCGUGGCUUCUGUUCAAGCAUACAAAUGACAGUGUCAUCACAUAGAAAUGUUCUCAAGUUGCUAACACUGGGACUCAUCUUCCACGUCGUAUUCAUUGCUUCUGUUUUUGACUGCUACUUCACUAGCCCAGUUGUCCACGGCAUGCUUCCUCGCAGAGCUGGCUCUGGGGAAGCAAAACGGGUCGUUCUCAUUGUGGGAGACGGUCUACGCGCAGACCUUCUAUUUGGUGUGAACGCGUUCUCUUUUAUUCCUUCCUCACCAAAGAUUGUAGCGCCUUAUUUGCGUGAUAUUAUUCAAACACGAGGGGCGUUUGGAUUGUCGCACACUCGAGUACCAACGGAAAGUCGACCUGGGCAUGUCGCAAUCAUCGGGGGAAUGUAUGAGGAUGUCUCUGCUGUGACCAAGGGCUGGAAAACGAAUCCAGUUCACUUUGACUCCAUCUUCAAUCAAUCUAGUCACACCUUCUCCUUCGGUUCCCCAGACAUAUUACCAAUGUUUUCCCAAGGCGCAACUCCCGGAAAAGUUGACACUUGGAGCUACGAUGAGGAGGACGAAGACUUUACGAAAGAUGCCACCGCUCUAGAUACCUGGGUUUUGGACCAACUUCAGACGUUAUUUCAGAACGCAUCAUCGAACGACUUGCUUGAUUCAGAAUUACGUGCUGACAAGGUGGUAUUCUUUCUGCACCUCCUUGGUCUGGAUACCACUGGUCACUCAUAUAGGCCACACUCCAAGGAAUACAUGAACAAUAUCCAAGUCGUCGAUCGCAUCGUCCAACAAACAGAAGAACUUUUCUCCGACUUCUACCACGACGAAGAGACAAGCUUCGUAUUUACAGCUGACCACGGCAUGUCUAAGAUCGGCAACCAUGGUGAUGGCGACCCGGACAACACGCGUACCCCACUAAUUGCAUGGGGGCGAGGCAUUAGGGGCCCAAUGCCUGACAUCAUUCCUUCUUCGCACGAUGAGUACUCUCGGCUCUGGCAACUUGACGACUUCUUGCGACGAGACGUGGAACAAGCGGAUAUUGCACCCCUGAUGGCUGCGCUGCUUGGUAUUAACUACCCUGUAAAUUCAGUAGGAAUUCUCCCUGAUGCAGACCCUACGCGACCUGGCUACUUACUACCGCGAGAAGGAGAGUCAGCCUUGGCCCAGCUUGCAUUGGCAAAUGCAGAAAGUAUUUUAGAACACUACCGAGUCAAACACGGUGCGUCCCAAAUGCGCCAUCUGGCUUCUCUGUCCAUAACUAGCUGGCUGGUAGAAUCGAAGGCCGUACAAACCAUUCUAUACAAAGCUUUCGAGCCUUUAGAAGAAGUCACUCAAGACGGGAAGCCUUCAAGAGUAUCCUGGUUGUCCAAAAUAGAACGUUUGAUCAGUGAUGGAGGAUGGUUCGAAGCCCGUCGAGAGACAGCUGAACUCAUCAAGGUCACUCUACAAGGUCUUCGAUAUCUCGAAACCUAUAACCGAGUACUUAUACGGACCAUCGUCGUAAUAGCAUAUCUGGGAUGGUCUGCUUAUGCAUCGUUGUCAAUUUUUCCCCCACCAGCUCCCUUGGUUUCAGACAGGCAGCGUACCGUGGUCAUACUUGCCACCACAACCAUACUAGCAACAUUUUGGGCACUGUUUGCUGCAGAGAGAGCUCCAUGGACGUUUUAUGUCUAUGUGACUUUCCCCUGCUACUUCUGGCAGCAAUUCGCACUGCGUGGAGUUCCAAUUGUUGUACAACAAUUCAAGUCGAAGGACAGACGCGGACCUUUUGUAAUUAGAGUGUUGCUUCACUUGGUUAUUGUGGUGGUUGUGCUCCAGUGUAUGGUCGCUGCCUACACUCAUCGGUCGCUGUGGAGCAUUGGUUUUGUGGUUAUGGGUAUUUUAUGGCCGUAUGCAUCAUGGCCAAGUCACGUUCGGUCGCAACACCCGAGACUCUUACUUUCCUGGAUGAGUAGCUGUCUUGUAACUAGCAUAUUCCCCCUACUCAGCGUUAACAAGAGAGAGGAUUUGUACAUGAUCAUGUGCGGAGGGGCAAUGAUUAUUAUAGUUGCCGCAGGUUGUACGCGUUUGGCGUUGAACGGUGCUCCGAAAGCCGCAAAACUAUCUGAGAUCACCCAGGUGUUGUUUAUCUUGCUCGCCAUGACCAUUACUGCAAGCUCAGUGAAGAGUUUACAAGCAAAGCAGGGAUUGUCCAUCAUUAACCAAUCUUCAGCAUGGCUCAUACUCGCUGUAUCGUCGGCAUUCCCAUUCAUCUCUAAAGCACAGCACAGCACUCCAACCUCAAGAAUCAUAUCGCUUUUCCUGGGCUUCGGCGUCUGUUUCGUCAUUCUUUCGAUCAGUGUUGAAGGCCUAUUCUAUGCCGCUUUCACAUGCAAUUUACUCUUGUGGAUAGAAGUCGAAACGAUCGUCCAGUCAACUCGAGCUAGGGCCGCUUCGCAGAAUCAAGGAUACGAGUUUCACACUGACCAUAUCAGAAUAGCACUCUUUUUCUUGUUUUUCGUUCAGGUGGCUUUCUUUGGAACCGGCAACGUUGCUUCAAUUUCAUCGUUCUACUUGGAACCUGUGUACCGUCUGGUGCCAAUUUUUAAUCCAUUCUUGAUGGCAGCGUUACUGAUAUUCAAAAUUGUCGCUCCAUAUGUGAUCUUAUCAGCUGUUUUUGCCACUUUAAAUGCAAGACUCCACCUACCACCCUUCUCGCUAUUCCUCGUGGCUCUGACACUCACUGAUGGAAUGACAAUGACGUUUUUCUUGAACGUCACGGAUACCGGAUCAUGGUUGGAGAUUGGGCAAUCGAUUAGCUUCUUUUGCAUAACUUCUCUAUUAUUGGUUUGGUCAGCUGGUAUCUGCACCGCUGGGGAGUACCUCAUGGUAGACACAUUGGUGUCCCAUAGGUCUACGGACAGUCACAAGCUAGAAUGAGGAUGCACUUGACCCACUGCUCGUAAAAUAGUGACACGCGAUUAACUAUUUACGACCACAGAACAAAUGUGUGUUUUCGGGAUUAGGGACGGGUAAAUGCUGGGCACUAUUAGUAUUUGAGAGGAUCACAGACAGUCACUCUACAGCCCAGGUUAUAUGCCGACGAAGACA